CAUCUCGGUUGAAGAUAAAUUUAAAAUGUCAUUAAUUGACUUAUUCAGUACGUUCAAUGUGACAGCGCACAAGGAGACGAUCGAAAGGAAAUAUACAGACCAGAUUGCCACUUUGACCAAGGAAUUAGAACCAUAUGAACGGAGUAGGAAUCAAAUGAUCAAAGCUGCCGAUUGGAGGGCACAGUCCAUUGGCUGGUUAGGUUUAGUGUUUAUGGGACUCCAAACUGGUGUUUUGGCUCGACUUACAUGGUUUGAGUACUCGUGGGAUAUCAUGGAGCCGGUCACCUAUUUUGUCACAUAUGUCACUGGAAUGUUCUUCUAUGCAUAUUACAUGGUCACGCGACAGGUAUUUGGAUGAUCUGAUGGCAGGAAUAUACCUACAGGGAUGCCC